AGGUAAAAUUAUGCGUGGAGAUUUUUUGCUGUUGGCCUGUGUAAUCGACACUUUCGAUAAAAAAUAUCUAUAUUUGCUUACUACUGCUCCUUAUAUGUCGGGCCAGGAACUAAUUGAGCGAUGCGAUGAAAGGAUGAACUUCGAUAAAAUAAGCAGUUUGACCACAUUCCGAAACAUGGAAUUCUCCGAUAAAUAUAUUGAGUGGGUAGAGAGUCAGAGGAAUUUCGGUAAUGGGAAGUAACAUUCGAUUUUUCCUUAAUAAGGACGAGCCCUUAUUUUUAAUAUUCAAUGAGUUUCAUUUAAAAGACAUUGACAAUGCACCAUCACAAUAUGCAAAAUGGAAGGUGUUUUGCGCGGGAGUUUCCAAUUUGAAAGGACAUUUUCAAAUAAUUUACUUGGAAACACUUCGCAGUAUUGAAUGCUUCCUGAGAAUAAUAGAUUACAAAGAGCUGCGAAAAUGCGAAAGUGACUUGGAGCGUAAGAAGGCGAAGUUUGAAAAGCGCGAGAAGGAAGUUGUAAACAUGCGACAACAGUUUAAUGACAACCUUUUGCAAAAUUUGUUUGAAGACGACAAUGAAUAAAAUAUUUAUGAAAAUAAA